CGUUGGAACAGAGUAGGGGAUGUGUUGAGGUGGCGGACAGGCCCCAGUCUUGAUUGGCUCUGGCCUAAGGCAGUAGGAGGGGACUUCCACAAUGGAUGGGACUGCUGGGGAUAAAUGUUUACUAAUGCUGUCUGGCUGUGCAGGGAAGGGAAGCAGAGAGGAAAAGACCACAACACACAACAAGAUUAAUAUCAACUCUCCAGGAUCUUACUGACGACUACCCAUGAGCCCCCUCUUUUUCCUUUUACUGUAACCAACAUCCUUACCCACUGAGCACCGACCGACACAGGACGUCCAUGGAUGUUGAAAAGUUGUUGAAAUUUGGUCAGUCCGCCGUGGCCGUGAUUUCAACAUCUACAAACGUAGAUUUUUGAAUCCUGCAGGUACUUGGCUCUCGGGUUGGGCUAGAUCUCUUGGCUGGACUUCCUCAAUGAUCAUUUCACAUUUCGACACGUUAGCUGAGUGAAAAAAAUACAACUCUUUAAUAACCCAACUCAUGAUUUGCUUUCAAGGACAUUGAGGACCUCAACAUGUAGCUACUUAUGAAGGGACUGGCAUAAGACAGCUCAGGACAACAUCCCAGAAACACUGAGCACCAACGUCAGCAGUGUGACAGGAGCACAGGUCACGUGACAUAUCAGGCAUAGCAGGCAGUAAUCGCUGAAUUCUUAUCGUACCACUCUGUACAGUCCGCUGUACAGCUUUACAUUUCAGUCAUUUAGCGGACGCUCUUAGGGUUAAGCGCCUUGCCCAGGGGCACAUUGACAGAUUUGUCAACUAGUCGACAGGCCCAACGCUCUUAACCGCAAGUCUACCUGCCACACAGUUCUGACCUCACUGUUUCCUACCACGCUUUCGUGAUCACAUGCACCAUACCCACACUCCGUCACACUCCAUACCAUCUCACCCACCUGGGAGCCCUUCCAUAGCCUGGGUAGACUCAUCACCAAGGGCACCAUUGGACAUUGCACCCUUCAGAAAUGACCGGUACCCAGCUCAUGAACUUUCCCACCACAAACUCUCCGUUCAGCUCUCCCAGCUCCAACUCCAUUCAGCUCCAUUCAGCUGCCAUGACAUCCCCAGUCCCCCCUUUUCCCCGGGCCACCUCAGUCCCCUCGCCUCAACUGCCUCCGGCCCUGUGGCCACCGCUGGACUUUGCCUUAGGAGCGUUGUCGUGCUGCGGGGCCUGUGUGUUCACUAACCCCCUGGAGGUGGUAAAGACACGGCUGCAGCUGCAGGGAGAGCUGCGGGCGCGGGGGUCCUACCGGCAGCACUACCGCGGGGUGCUGCAGGCCCUGUGGGUGGUGGGGAGGACAGACGGGCUCCGCGGGCUGCAGAAGGGGCUCUCUGCUGGGCUGAUGUACCAGGGUGUGAUGAACGGCGUGAGGCUGGGCUUCUACUCCUACUGUGACACCGUGGGGGUCACUGCAGCCCCUGGAGGGAGUCUGAUGUCAGGGGCCGUGGCCGGGGCUCUGGGGGCCUUCAUCGCCUCUCCUGCCUAUCUGGUGAAGACACAUCUGCAGGCCCAGACAGUCGAGGCCAUCGCAGUGGGUCACCAGCACAACCAUCAGGGUGUGUCGAGUGCCUUCGCCAAUAUCUACCGGCGGGAGGGCGUGGUGGGGCUGUGGAGGGGUGUGAACGGGGCUGUGCCUCGAGUGAUGGUGGGAUCAGCCGCCCAACUGGCCACCUUCAGCUCAGCCAAGGAAUGGGUGGCACGCCUACAGUGGUACAGUCCAAACAGUUGGCUGGUUGCCUUGACAGCUGCCUGUAUCAGUGGAGUCGCCGUGACGAUCACCAUGACGCCAUUUGAUGUCAUCAGCACACGCCUCUACAACCAGCCAGUGGAUGAGCGUCAUAGGGGUCGUCUGUACCUGGGCUUCUCAGACUGUCUGGUGAAGGUGUGCCGGACAGAGGGUCUUCUGGGGCUGUAUAAAGGUAUGGGCCCUGUGUUCUUCCGCCUGUGCCCUCACACCGUUCUUAGCAUGCUCUUCUGGGACCUGAUGAGACAACGGGCCUUUCAGGGCGUCCAGAACCAGAGCUGAAGAGAAGAGGAUAUUCAGCCAAUCUUGGAGGACAAUGGAAGUUGAUUUUAAAAAUAAAACAUGUUUUGGCCUGCUGUCUUCAUCAGAGCCGGAGCUAAGACAGAAGGCCUCAUAUGGUGGACAGAGUUGAAUGAAUGACUGGUCCGUUGGUAGAGACGAGCAGUAGACGCUCUUUGUGACGCCAGUGUGGAAAGUUGGUUGAGAGAAGGAAAGACGAGGAGGAGGAGACGCUCUCAAUUCCACAGAAUAGACUUGCACUCCCUCACUGGUUAACAGGAAGGAUACAUAAUGGCUUGACAUAUACUGAGUGUACAAAACAUUAUUGAGCUGCACCCCCUUUUGCCCUCAAAACAGCCUCAAUUCGUCUGGGCAUGGACUCCACAUGGUGUCGAAAAUGUUCCACAGGGAUGCUGGUCCAUGUCGACUCCAAUGCUUCCCACGGUUGUGUCAAGUUGGCUGGAUGCCCUUUGGGUGGUGGACCAUUCUUGAUACACAUUGGAAACUGUUGAGCAUGAAAAACCCAGCAGCG